AUGGCUGUGUUGGGUAAUAAACUCAUUGAGUUAUUUAAAGAUCAGCUUUACUGCGAUGUGAAUAUUAAACUCAGGGAUGGGGCAAUUCAAGCUCAUAGAGUGGUGUUGAUUUUGGGUUCCGAUUGGUUUGCAGCAAGACUCAGUGAGAAUUGGGAGUCGGCAUCCAAAGAUAUAACUUGCAAUGUUCACUCAACAGCGGUGAUGAAAUCAAUGAUUGAGUUUUUGUACUCCUCUUAUAUUGAAACCUCAGUUGAAAAUGUUGAAGAAAUAUACCAAGUUGCGGAUUACUAUGGUGUCAAAGAAUUGCUUCAGAGGUGCAUUGAUUUCAUGCAAGACAGCAUAUCCCUGAAGAAUUCCCUAAAAAUGCUUCUAAUUGCCCACAACAACGAAAUCACUUCAACGAAGGCUCAAUGUCUUCAGUUUGUCGAUAAUCACAUUGAAGACCUUUUCCAGUCAGCAUCAGAGGAUUUUCUUGAUUUGCCCUUAGGUCUUUUGAAAGACAUUAUUAGAAGAGACAGUCUUUGUGUCCACGAAGAAGUUCUCUUUGAAAACAUCAACCUGUGGGUAAGCAUGGCUGGUGAGGAACAUAGAAGGGUCGCGUUAUGGAAGGAAGUGAUUCCGGAUGUGAGGUUUGGACGGAUGUCCAUGGAUUUCUUCCUCGACCACAUCUUGACCAAGUCUGUACUUGAGGAUGCCUUCUCACUCCUUGUUCUUCGUCAUCUAUCCACAUUAGACGAUGCACUCCCUCUACAGUACACUAGAAAGAGACAGAAUACAACAUGCAAUGAUAUAGUGGUGAACCGAUUCAGGAAUAUCAGUCAUGAGAGUACAUGGGUGGUUGAUGAUUCUCUAGAUGGGGACAGAAUUUCAUUCACUGUAAACCUUGACAACAUGAAACUUAAGGGUCUUCUUGUGUAUGGUAGGGCAGGGGCAUAUGGCAUCUUUUCUGUUCUACUUUACACCAACCACAGCCAAACACUUUUGUGUAAAACACAGGUAAAGGAACAAUGCUCUGAUGAACUCAGCAUUCUCAUUCUCUUCCCCAAACCAGUGUUCCUGUUAAGAGACACAGAGUACACUGCAGUGUUAAGAAUCAAUGGUGGUCCAACAAGCUAUGGAGUUGGGGGUCUCCACAGUGCUUCAUUUGCCGUGGACGAAAACACUAAUCUUACAGUGAAGUUUUCAACAGCAGUCGGGGGAAACACAAAUGUAAACAAUGGACAAAUCAAGGGGCUAAUAUUUAAGAAAGCGUAA